UUUCUGUUGAAAGCGUAAGCGGCCUUUCCAAAAUGUAAACAAACUGACGAUAUGGCAAAUUUAUUUUACGCCUCUGUGACAGCAUUAAAGGCAUUCGGAAUCGUCAUUAUUGAAAGUGUUCGAGCCAUAUCACGUAUUAGUUUUACGAAAGCAAAAUGUAUUUCUGAUGAUAUAAUUCUUAUAACCGGAGGGGGCAGGGGUAUUGGAAGACAGUUGGCUCUUGAAUUUGCAAAUUUUCAGCCUAAAUGUAUUGUAAUAUGGGGAAGGAAUGAAGAUUGGUUGAAGAAAACUGUUGCUGACAUAGAAAGUCGUGGUGUCAGAUCAACAUACAGAGUCUGUGACGUCAGCUCAAGGGAACUUAUAUAUGAAAAAGCAAGAGAAAUACAGGAGACAGUAGGGGAGGUUACUAUUCUAGUAAACAAUGCUGGUAUAUUGUGUGGCAAACCGAUAGAGUUCCUUCAACCGGAGGACAUGAGGCAUACAUUAAAAGUUAACACCCUUGCUCAAAUAUGGACUAUAAAGGCAUUUUUACCAGGCAUGAUCGGGAGAGGUCAAGGUCACAUUGUAUGCAUAAGCUCCUUGCUAGGACUUCUGGGAUUGAAAGGAGUGUGUGACUAUGUCACUUCGAAGUUUGCAACAACAGGAAUGAUGGAUAGUUUAAUGCAAGAAUUAGAAGAGUAUCCUGAUAUACACACAACUAUAGUCCAUCCCUAUCAAAUAGACAAUGAUAUGUUUGCAGGGAUGCAAGUUAGAUUUCCAAAACUGUUCCCACCAUUAAAGGAAGAUUAUGUAACAAAAGCUACAGUACAGGCCGUCCUUAACAACAGACAUCAAAUCACUCUUCCAGUUUAUUUCUAUAUGAUUCUCUUUUUUAGAAGUGUACUACCCGUCUCAUGUAUGGUACCAGUUCAGAAGUUUAUGGGACUAGACAAAGUGAUGGACAAUUUUGAUUGGCAGAAGGCAGCGGGUUCGGACCUUACGUCUACAGACAAAUUGUGUGAUUCUUGAAAGGGUGCUAUUUAUAUACAUGUACAUACAUAUUUUUAUUUAUAUAUAGGUCUCAAAAAAAUGUUUAUUGUCUCUUUAAAAAAAGAUUUUAAUAGUCAAAGGGUAAGCUUAUUCUCUUUAUUAUUAUGGAAAAAACAAACUUUGUUUUUCAUUUUUAGUUGUAUAGAGCAGAUUUUGUCAUUUCAUUUAUUAUUUUUGAAUUUCUAUAAGAAAAAUCAAAUAGAGGAACAAUCACAAUACUGUUGUAAGUCCUUCUUCAUUUCAUAUAAGUUAUUGCAGUUUUGCUGUCAACUCUCAAAAUGGUGCAUAUUAACAAAUAUGAUGUUAGAAAACUGUUUUGUACAUAGGUUUUUAAAUUACUUUGCAUGCUGAUAUUUUACUGCUGUCAAUAUGCUCUUUCUUUAAAGUGGAUUGGUCUGCAUUGGACAUAUU